AUGCUCCGUGCUCAACCUGUCAAGGCCUCCUGCCUCGUCGCCACAGCCAAGGAAUGUCCUCUUUGCUUCUGGAUCUUGAGAUGGCUUGGGUCAUUCGACGACGAGUCCAAGAAAGAAGCUGCUGAAACUGGCUACGUACUCGCGACCCUAUACAACGGGGAAUUUGACCACGAAGAAUUGGAUUGCGAUGGAAACUUGGUCGAAGAAUUCGAUACGCUGAGAUUAGACAUUGAACUGUGGCCAAACGAAUCAACUGACUACGCGGCAAUUUUCAGGAUAGUCCUACGAGCUCUUGCCAAAGAGCUGACGAUGAACAUUGAUGCGAACACACUCCCUCCGGUGUUCAAGGACGCUAUCGACAUCUCGCGUUCAUUGGAAGUACCAUAUCUUUGGAUUGAUGCCUUGUGCAUCGUCCAAAAUGACGCUGAAGAUUGGGAUAAAGAAGCAGCAUUAAUGGGCCAGGUUUACAGCAACGCCUUCUGCAACCUAGGAGCUUCCGCGGCCGCCGAAAAGUCGGCGCAGCGCAAAGAGUUCAAGAGAACGUACGGGUCAUACCUGAAGCGAGACUCUAGUAUGACGGCUCGAGUUCUGUUGAGGCGUGGUUGGGUACUCCAGGAGCGCCUCCUGAGUCCCCGGUCGAUAUAUUACGACGACAAACUGCACUGGGAGUGCUCUGAACUUCACGCAUGCGAAACCUUCCCACAAGGCGCACCGAACGCGGGUGGCUUCAAUCCGUGGGGCAAAGACGGCUUCCCGUUCCGUGCCGCAAAUCUUCUGUACGAUGAGAUGAAAUAUAAGAAGUUUGGCAUCUACAGUCCACAGAAAUGCCCACCUGAUGUUGCACAAAUCCGCGAAGUGUACAGGAAAUGGCUGCACGUUGUGGAAAACUUCUCGAAUUGCCAGCUCACGUAUGAAGAAGAUCGUUUCCCGGCUCUCAUGGGACUUGCGAAGUACUGGCAAGCCACUACCAAGGAUCAUUAUGUGGCUGGAAUGUGGAGACGCGAUCUUGUGUAUGGUCUUCUGUGGUCCCAGAAAUAUCCUACUCACAAGAAACCUCUGCCAAGGGACUAUCGUGUCAAGCUUCUGUAUGGCACUCAUGAGAUCUUGAGACUAUCGGGUCUAAUCCUUGAACGCGUCGCUGGUAAGAAGGUCUUCAAACGAAUUGGAAUGUUUGAACACGGAUGGUUUCAGCACCGUCUCUCAAACGGCGAGUGGCCUCUCUUCAUCGACUGGGACCCGCUUCGCGAGAAGAAGACUACGUUGACCAUCAUAUGA